AUGUCAUCUUUUUACACAUUAUGGGUUCUUGAAGAUGCUGAAAAAGAAGAAUGGUCAUGCCAAAAUUUCCAUAUACCAUUCUCUCCAUAUGAUUCUAUACCUAAUAUUGUUGACUACAGUUUAAUUGGUGUCACCAAUGAUGGUGAGUUUAUCUAUGCAUCAGUACGAUGGCAUGAUAAAGAGAUUCAUGUAUCUUACUAUGAUCCAGAGAGGAAUAGUAAAAGAAUGAUCAAGAUUGAAAAAUUCGAAGAUGAAGAGUUUUGGCUUCGAAAUGAAUGUUGUGAUCAUAAUUGGGAACUUAUCGGAAGUAUGCCAGAUCACAUUGAGAAUCUCAUUUCUGUUAAGAGUUUUACUUGCUUACCAUCUGUGUGA